UCAGCACAGCUGUGUGUGUGUGUGGGGAUCCAGACACGCGUGUGGGUCUCUUUAAAUGAGGAAUCCGGACAGUGUCGGGGAUUGAUAUCGGCGAUUGGUGUGUAAUAGUCUCUAACGGGCGCAUAAUCACCUCACUGGAGGGAAUCUCUUUCUUUCUUUUCUGUUUUUUUUUGCAAGAUAAUCAAAUAAAAUGGACAGCUCAGACAAGGAGAACAGGUCGGAUGAAGAAUUUGAAUCACCCGAAGAAGAAGAGGUAGACCCGAGAAUUCAGGGCGAGCUUGAGAAGCUGAAUCAGUCCACAGAUGACAUCAAUAGAUGUGAAACUGAGCUUGAGGAUGCCAGGCAGAAGUUUCGUUCUGUGCUGGUGGAAGCCACUUUAAAGCUGGACGAGCUGGUGAAGAAGAUUGGAAAAGCGGUGGAGGAAUCGAAGCCGUACUGGGAGGCCCGGCGGGUGGCACGGCAGACUCAGCUGGAAGCACAGAGAUCCACGCAAGACUUCCACAGGGCCACGGAGGUACUGCGGGCGGCCAAAGAGACCAUCGCCCUGGCUGAAGAGAGGCUGCUGGAGGACGACAAGAAGCAGUUUGACUCGGCCUGGCAGGAGAUGCUCAACCACGCAACACAGCGAGUGAUGGAGGCAGAGCAGAUAAAAACACGCAGUGAGCUUCUGCACAAGGAGACCGCUGCCAAAUACACUGCCGCCAUGAGCCGAAUGAAACAGCUGGAGAAGAAGCUCAAACGCACCAUCAACAAGUCUAAGCCCUACUUUGAAAUGAAGGCAAAGUAUUACUUGCAGCUUGAGCAACUGAAGAAGAAUGUGGAUGACCUCCAGGCCAAGCUGACGCAGGCUAAAGGGGAAUAUAAGUCAGCCCUCAGGAACCUGGAGAUGAUCUCAGAUGAGAUCCAUGAGCGCAGACGUUCUUCAGUCAUAGGCCCGCGGGAGAGAGGUGUGGGUGCAGAGGGGGACGGUGUCAUUGGUGAAGACCUGUCUGGCUUUAAGAUGGAGUCUGAUGGAAUAUCAAUGGCGUCUGGGUCCUACGAGGAUGAAAACUGCAGCACGAGUGCCAUGUCAGAGGAAGACUCUGAGACUCAGUCCAACAGUAGCUUCAGUUCUGGGACGAACAGCCCUCUGGACUUGCCUUACCCUUUCUCCUCCUCAUCCUCCUUUUCCUCUGCCUCUCCAACCUCCACCUCCCCCUCCUCUCGCCCCUGUAGUCUGGACCUGCCCAGCACCGUCUCUUUGUCUGAUUUUAGCCUGAUGUCCCCCAUCCUCGGCCCACGCAGCGAAUGCAGCGGCGCAUCCUCCCCCGAGUGCGACCUAGAGAGAGGUGACAGAGCAGAAGGUGCCGAGACCGUACUGGACAACGUUCUCAAUAACAAUCGUAUAAGCAACACUAAAACAACCUUUGGCCUGGAUAGCCGUUUCCGCCUGCUUUCUCUAAAACUUAGCCGAAAUGAAAGCAGAAAAAACGCUCAGAAAUCCACAAUCCUCCUCGAUGGGAUGUGACUGCAACAUUCCCACGGCGUUGAUGUAUUCAUCCACAUUCUGUGUGCUAUGGAAAGGCACUGGCAGCCACUCGUCCUUCACUUUAGUGUCAUCCCAGCCCAUUCCCGUUCCGCCAACUUUCAGACUGAACUUUCACUCGAUCUCACAGGUGUGAGAAAAGCAACCAAGGACACGAUGUGCUGAGGAGGCAAAUAUCCCAUUAGAAGGGGAAUGGAACUGGGUUAAGCUUUGAAAAGACAACAAAUCUCUAUAAAAUACAUCAAUUGUGAGAUCAACGUUCCCACACGUUCCAGUUAAGAUCUAAAGAGUCUGAAGACACUUAUGGAUGACGUUAGCACUUGUUAAUUAAGAUGCAUAAGAGAUUAGUUAUGCUGUAGAUUUAUGCCACUUGUUGUCUUUUUAAAAUCUGUGUAACUGUCAUGGAAAAUAUACAGAGUCAGAUUUGUGUGGCAGUAUAAU